AUGCUUUUUCCAUCAUGCCUUGGUGUAAAAGACAACGUGGCCAUAAGCACAGCAUGGAAAUGCAUGAGAGCUUGGGGGUACGUCCACCGCAAGAACAACCAGGACGUAUAUUAUGAUGGACAUGAAAGACAAGACCUUAUUCAGUAUUGCCAUGCUUGGGCAAUGCGAAUGAUAGGAUACAAACAAUGUCUGUCAGACUUUACUGGGGAAGAUGAAGAAAUUGAGAUGACCCCUCUUCUUUUGGAGAACCAGAAGAAGCUGGUUAUGGUGACCCAUGACGAGUCCACCUUUUAUGCCCAUGAUGAAAAGGUGGACAUGUGGCUUGAAGAAGGUGAAAGCCACAUCCGCAAAAAAGGUCAGGGAAGAUCUCUGAUGGUCAGCGAGUUCCAGUGUGCUUGUCAUGGCUGUUGUAGAUGA